AAACCUGUGUUGGUCUCCUGGUGGAGUCGCAGGAACAUAAAGUGAUCCCGUGAUGGAUGGUUUGUGACUCGGGAUUGUCAUUUGACCCAUCCGUGUGUCCGACCGCAAGCUUAAGGCGAUAUGAGUGCGUCUGGCCCUUUAAAAGCGGAGCCCCGGCGUUGCCUCUCCGCAGCUGCUGAAGGAGCUCCAUAUGGUGUCCUCUUGUUCUAUGGACUGGCAGCAGUGCGAGCCGCUCAGCAUUAAGCUGGAGGGGCGGAAAUCGUCCGAAUCGAGCCCGAUACAAAAAAUCUUGCAGAAGCGGCAGGUGGCCAGAUGACACGGCGGUGUUGCUUGGCUGGCCAGUGUCUUUUACCGGGACCGGGGGCUUCCUCUACAACAAGGCCGAAAGGAGAGAGGAGAGGAGGCACUAUCGAGGAGCUGCUGCAUCUGCCCCUCGUCUAGCCUCGCCUCUCUCCCAUCAAUCCAACGGUGCAGGACCUGCUUGCUCGUCCACCGGUUACCGCAAGGCAGAUGAUGAGAUGUCCGGGACCACUUCCCAGGCGGAUCCCGUAGACGCCACGGCGCGGACGGUGCUGCUCAACCGGCCACAGAUUACCAAGUUCUGUGACAACCACGUCAGUACCACCAAGUAUGGGGUCCUCACCUUUCUGCCUCGGUUCCUGUACGAGCAGAUCAGGCGAGCUGCAAACGCCUUCUUCCUGUUCAUCGCACUCAUGCAGCAAAUACCGGAUGUAUCGCCGACCGGUCGCUACACCACACUGGUCCCGCUCAUCUUCAUCCUCACCGUGGCGGGGAUCAAAGAGAUCAUAGAGGACUACAAAAGACACAAAGCAGACAACACCGUGAACAAGAAGAAGACAACAGUGCUGCAGGGCGGAGCCUGGCAGACGAUCAUCUGGAAACAGGUGGCAGUAGGAGACAUAGUGAAGGUGACCAAUGGCCAACACCUUCCAGCUGACAUGGUUAUUGUGUCCUCCAGCGAGCCUCAGGCCAUGUGUUACACCGAGACCUCCAACCUGGAUGGAGAAACCAACCUGAAGAUCAGACAGGGUCUCUCGCUCACAGCGGGGGCUCAGACUCUGGAGGAUUUGGUGGCGCUGUCUGGCCGUUUGGAGUGUGAGGGUCCGAACAGACACCUGUAUGAUUUCACUGGCACACUGCGACUGGAGAACCAGAAUCCUGUUCCCUUGGGUCCGGACCAGGUGUUGCUGCGCGGCGCUCAGCUCAGGAACACACAGUGGGUUGCAGGAAUUGUUGUCUACACUGGCCACGACUCCAAACUGAUGCAGAACUCCACCAAGGCGCCUCUGAAGCGCUCUAACGUGGAGCGGGUGACCAACAUGCAGAUCCUAGUCUUGUUUGGCAUCCUGCUGGUCAUGGCCCUGGUCAGCUCUGUGGGUGCCGCCAUCUGGAACAGAGAACACACCGAAGACGCCUGCUGGUACCUGUCCCGGGCCGGCGACAUCUCCACUAACUUUGCUUACAACCUGCUGACGUUCAUCAUCCUGUACAACAACCUGAUCCCCAUCAGCCUGCUGGUCACUCUGGAGGUGGUCAAGUUCACACAGGCACUCUUCAUCAACUGGGACAUGGAGAUGUAUUACGCAGAGACCGACACGCCGGCCAUGGCUCGAACGUCCAAUCUUAACGAGGAACUGGGCCAGGUGAAGUAUCUCUUCUCCGACAAAACGGGAACUCUGACUUGUAACGUCAUGCACUUCAAGAAGUGUACCAUUGCAGGAAUCACAUACGGCCACUUCCCUGAGCUUGACUGUGACCGUUCAAUGGAGGACUUUAGUAAUCUGCCGUCCAACAGCAAUAACUCGACAGAGUUCGACGACCCUACACUAGUCCAAAACAUAGAGAACCAUCCUACAUCGCCGCAGAUCUGCGAGUUCCUCACCAUGAUGGCAGUGUGCCACACGGUGGUCCCAGAGAGAGAGGAAAACCAGAUCAUCUACCAGGCCUCUUCACCAGACGAAGGAGCGCUGGUCAAAGGUGCAAAAGGCCUCGGGUUUGUCUUCACCGCGAGAACACCGGACUCAGUCAUAAUCGAAGCUAGGGGGAAAGAGAUGAGCUAUGAGCUACUGAACGUUCUGGAGUUUUCCAGUAACCGCAAACGCAUGUCUGUGGUUGUGAGAACCCCCUGUGGGAAGCUACGCCUGUACUGCAAAGGAGCGGAUAAUGUCAUUUUUGAACGGCUGAUGGAGUCAUCCGAGUAUAAAGAAUUAACUGUUGCUCAUCUGGAACAAUUUGCUACUGAAGGCCUGAGGACUUUAUGUUUUGCCUAUGUGGACCUGGAGGAAGGCGCCUACCAGGAGUGGCUGAAGGAAUACAAUCGUGUCAGCACUGUGCUCAAAGACCGCGCUCAGAAACUAGAGGAGUGCUAUGAACUACUGGAAAAGAAUCUACUGCUGCUGGGCGCCACAGCCAUAGAGGACCGUCUGCAGGCCGGCGUGCCAGAGACCAUCGCCACUCUGAUGAGGGCGGACAUCAAGAUCUGGGUCCUCACUGGAGACAAGCAGGAGACCGCCAUCAACAUAGGUUACUCCUGUCGUCUGAUUUCACACGGCAUGUCCCUCAUCAUCGUCAACGAGGACUCUCUGGAUGCUACUCGCGCCACCUUGACAGCCCACUGCUCAUCCCUAGGCGACUCCCUCAGGAAGGAAAAUGAGCUGGCGCUGAUCAUCGAUGGUCAGACGCUGAAAUACGCGCUGUCCUUCGAGCUUCGCCAGGCCUUCCUGGACUUGGCGUUGUCAUGCAAAGCUGUCAUCUGCUGCCGAGUCUCUCCGCUGCAGAAGUCAGAGAUUGUGGAUAUGGUGAAGAAGCACGUCAAGGCCAUCACGCUGGCGAUAGGCGACGGCGCCAACGAUGUGGGCAUGAUCCAGACGGCUCACGUCGGAGUCGGGAUCAGUGGCAACGAGGGCAUGCAGGCCACCAACUCCUCUGACUACUCCAUAGCACAGUUCUCCUACCUGGAGAAGCUCCUUCUGGUCCACGGGGCGUGGAGCUACAACCGUGUCACCAAGUGCAUCCUCUACUGUUUCUAUAAAAAUGUGGUCCUCUACAUUAUAGAGCUCUGGUUCGCCUUUGUCAACGGGUUCUCCGGCCAGAUCCUCUUUGAGCGCUGGUGUAUAGGCCUCUACAACGUUAUAUUUACUGCGCUGCCGCCGUUCACUCUGGGGAUAUUUGACCGGCCGUGCAGCCAGCAGAACAUGCUCCGAUUCCCCCAGCUCUACCGAAUUACCCAGAAUGCCGAGGGCUUCAACACCAGGGUGUUUUGGGGUCACUGUAUCAAUGCACUGAUUCAUUCAAUUAUUCUCUUCUGGUUUCCGCUCAAAAUGUUAGAUCAUGACUCUCCCUUCAACAACGGUCAGGGAAAUGACUACCUGUUUGUUGGAAACAUGGUGUACACAUAUGUGGUAGUUACAGUGUGUCUGAAAGCUGGAAUGGAGACCACCGCUUGGACCAGGUUUUCCCACCUGGCUGUUUGGGGAAGCAUCGCGCUCUGGAUGGUCUUCUUCGCUGUCUACUCCGCCAUCUGGCCCACCAUCCCCAUCGCCCCUGACAUGCUGGGCCAGGCUGGCAAGGUGAUGCAGUGCUGGCACUUCUGGCUGGGCCUGGUCCUGGUGCCUACUGCGUGUUUACUCAAAGACUUUGCUUGGACGGCCACACGUCGCACUGUGAGGAAGUCUCUCCUGGAGGAGGUGCAGGAGUUGGAGGCCCGGGCUGUCGACCCCGGGGCAGCUGUACUGAGGGAUGCCAGCGGCCGCAGUCUAAACGAACGGGCCCAUCUGCUGACAAGAGUCUUUAGGAAAACGCCUUCAAGCGUAGGCCGCUCCAACUCGGUGCAGCAGACUGUGUCACAUGGUUACGCCUUCUCUCAGGAGGAGCACGGCGUGGUCUCCCAAUCGCAGGUUGUGCGCUCCUACGACACCACCCGCCAGCGCCCCAGCCUCUAGCCCCGCCCCUGACCAAGGCUUCGGCUCACCAACCAAUGGUUGUCAAGGCGACAGCGGAGAUAGACUCAUGUGAAACUCUCACACCGAGUGACUGACCCCUGCUGUGGCCUUACUUGGAACUAUGACCUAACCCCCAAGCCAGGGGAGGUGGUGGGGGGGAGGGGGGUCACGGUCAGGCGUGGAGGCCGUCACUGGCGCACAGAGGACUGACUUGAGAGUAGGGACCAGGUCGACUUUACGGAUUAAACGUUCUUCAAACUCACACAAGUUGCAAAAGCAUGAGCAAUCAUAUCCACGCACAGACAUGAAAAGUCAAACUCAGAGACUGCUCCUCAUAUCAGUAUACUCCUCAGACUGGGUUUGCUUCAUGGCACUGUGUGUUUACGUGUGUGUGUGUGUGUGUGUGUAUGAGUGUGUGUAUGUGUGCGUGCAUUCCAGUGCGUCUGUAUCUGCCUGUGCAUGUAUGUCCGCACGCGUCGGCGCUCCUGUGUUUGUGUGCAUGUGUGUGUCUAUCCCUGCGUGUUCCACAGCUCCCUCUCAUCUCUCUCGUGAGGUGGGUUUAGCUAAUCAGUCAUCACAUGCCGGGCGCGGGAGGGGAGGGGAUGUCAAAAUAAACACACGCACACAUGCACUGAUGAAUUAAGGCGGGACUUAGAGAGCCAGACACUGAGGACUGCACCUCAGCUUCUACAGCCCCCAACUCUAUAUCCCAUCAUAGCACUGAGCCUCACUGCCAAACACUACUGAGAUGCCACUGAGGCAAUACGCUAACGCCAAACUGGACCACCACCCUGCCCUGCUGCAACCCCUCCAACCUCACUGGGGCAUACCAACGCUUUCUUUCCUCUGUCUCUCAUCACAUCUCCUUGUUCUGGCCAGUUUUUCUAAAACUCCACUUUUUUUCCCCCAGUUGUUUCUCACUGCUCCUGUGAGUCUCAUCAUGCAUCGUCAGCUGACAUUGAAGAAGAGAGCCUGGCAUUAGAGCUUCCUCCUUCACUUUUGUUGGCUUUCUUUACCGAGAUCUUCCUUUUUUUUAUUAAAGUGGACAUUAACGUGUACUUGUUUAUAUUGUUUUUUUUCUCUCUUUUUCAUUAAUGCCUGUUUUUGUACUCAUGUGGAGAUCUGUCAUAGAGGGAAUAUUUUACUUGAAUUAGUGCUAAUAGGCAUCCAAAACCGAAGGGAUCUCGCCUGUAUUGUGUGUGUGUGUGUGUCUGUCUGUCUGUCUGUGUCUGUGUGUGUGUGUGUCUGUCUGUCUGUCUGUGUCUGUGUGUGUGUGUGUGUGUGUGUGUGUUUUGGCUCUGGGACUUGUCUGAAUGUACAGUAGAGUCCAUCGUCUGUGUGCUCUUUGUUGAGGACACUCCUGUUAAAGAAUGCAAGACUGAAAGGGAAGGAGAUGGGGGGAUGUCCAUCUGAGUCCUAAUCAUUAAAACUAAUCAAUCCAUGGCCUAA